CGGCGCGGCGGCGGGCGGCGAGGUCAGUGCGGAGGCCUGGCUCCGGCUCUAUGGCUACCUCCCACAGUCCAGUCGGCAGAUGUCCACCAUGCGCUCGGCUCAGAUCUUCAGCUCCGCCCUCUCCGAGAUGCAGAGGUUUUAUGGGAUCCCAGUGACAGGCAUCCUGGAUGAGGAAACCAAACUGUGGAUGAAGCGGCCUCGCUGCGGUGUCCCAGAUCAGUUUGGAGUCAAGAUCAAAGCCAACAUGCGACGGAAGCGGUACGCGCUCACUGGGCGGCGCUGGAGCCAAACCCACCUCACCUUCAGCAUCCAGAACUACACAGAGAAGCUGGGGUGGUACCACUCAUAUGAAGCCAUUCGCCGAGCCUUCAGGGUGUGGGAGCAGGCCACCCCUCUCAUCUUCCAGGAGAUUCCCUAUGAUGAUAUCCGGAACAAGAGGAAGAAGGAGGCUGACAUCAUGGUGCUUUUUGCCUCUGGCUUCCAUGGAGACAGUUCCCCUUUUGACGGCGUGGGGGGCUUUCUGGCCCACGCAUAUUUCCCUGGCCCUGGGAUGGGAGGGGACACGCACUUCGACUCAGAUGAGCCCUGGACACUUGAGAACACCGAAUUGUCUGGGAACAACCUCUUCCUGGUGGCCGUCCAUGAGCUGGGGCACUCGCUAGGGCUGGAACACUCCAGCAACCCCAGUGCCAUCAUGGCGCCCUUCUACCAAUGGAUGGACACGGAGAACUUCCAACUGCCAGAGGAUGAUCUCAAGGGCAUUCAGCAGCUGUACGGUACCUCUGAUGGAAGGCCUCAGCCCACCAGGCCCCUCCCAACUGUGACACCCCAGAGACCCGGAAGGCCAGAUCAUAGACCCCCCAGGCCACCUCCCCCUGGUAAGCCAGACCGGCCCCCAAGACCAGGCAGCCCAGACCACCCCAGAACCACGGACCGCCCUGACCAGUAUGGGCCAAACAUCUGUGACGGGGACUUCGACACCGUGGCUGUGCUACGCGGGGAAAUGUUUGUGUUUAAGGGUCGCUGGUUCUGGAGAGUCCGCCAUAACCGUGUGCUUGACAACUACCCCAUGCCCAUCGGGCACUUCUGGAGGGGCCUUCCUGGGGACAUUGAUGCUGCUUACGAGAGACACGAUGGCAGAUUCGUGUUCUUCAAAGGGGAUCGGUACUGGCUAUUCCGAGAGGCAAACUUGGAGCCGGGGUAUCCACAGCCCCUGACCAGCUAUGGGCAGGGCAUCCCGUAUGACAAAAUCGACACUGCCAUCUGGUGGGAGCCCACAGGACACACCUUCUUCUUCCAAGGUGACAGGUACUGGCGCUUUAAUGAGGACACCCAUGCUGUGGAUCCCGGCUACCCGAAGCUGAUCACUGUGUGGGUGGGAAUCCCCUCUACCCCAAAGGGGGCUUUCCUGAGCUCAGAUGCUUCCUACACCUAUUUCUAUAAAGGCACCAAGUACUGGAAGUUCGACAAUGAGCGUCUGAAGACAGAGCCAGGCUACCCCAAAUCCAUUUUACGGGAUUUCAUGGGCUGCCAUGAGGAGCUGGUGCCAGACCCUGACCCUGGCCGCCGAUGGCCUGACCUGGACAGGCCUCCCUUCAACCCAGAUAGUGGGGGCACUGGCAGUGACCAGGACAAGGAAGAAGGGGAGACUGGCACACGCCCUGGUGGCAGGGAGGAGGAAGAAGAGGAAGAGGAUGAAGGAAACGAGGAUGAGGAGGACUACAGUGAGAGCGGGCCUGACACGGACAAGGGCAGCGACGUUGACAUCGUGGUGCAAAUUGAUGAGUACACACGGACCAUGAGCAUCGUUAUGGUGAUGGUGCCUCUGGUCCUGCUGCUCUGCAUUCUGGGCCUCAUCUAUGUCAUCAUCCAGAUGCAGAGGAAGGGGGCUCCUCGGAUGCUGCUGUACUGCAAGCGUUCCUUGCAGGAGUGGGUUUGACCCUGGACGGCCCCUGCCCUCUCCUGGAUCCCCUCAGUGCCCCUCCCCCUACCACCAUGGUGCUAACAACGAAGCUUGAGAAGACAAAGCCCCCGAGCCAUUCUCUCUUAGCCGGUCUAUUUAUACCGAGAUUUUGCACAUUGAGUUGGAUGCACUCAGCUGGGCCUGCCUGCCCCUCAGUUGCUUUGCCUUGUGUGUGUGGGAGAUGCCUCCUGGACCCCUCCUCACCCACCCGGCUACCUGCCUUUCCUCAGCCCAGAUUGAGGAGCACAGCAGAAGAACUUACCUGAGGCCCCUUCCUGCCAGGCACUGGGAGCAAGGCAGCCACCCCACAAACCAGUUUGCUCUGUGUCACCCCUCCCCAGUAAGGCAAGCUGGCCUAUGCCCUUCAGCCAUUGAUUUCUUCUGGCUGCAGGCCUGGGCUUAGAGGCUGGCCUUUGAGGGUCAAGCAUUUGUUGGGGAAGAAACAAGGAGUUCCUGUGUCUGCCUCACAAGAAACACAUGGACCCCAGGCAAAGAGCAGGUGCUGUGCUGCUUCCCCUUACAGAGCCAAAGCCCCAGUGCAUUGCUGGGCAUUUGGACUUUGUCCCCCCUUCUCAGCUCUCCUUUCUGGUGCAAACUCUGUGCAGCACCCCAUCCACGCCUAAUGGGACAGAACUGUCAGCACCCCUCAGCUCGGUGCCUCCCUGACAGGGCUCCGAGCCCAACGCUAAGGACCAGCCUCUAGGAUGUUUCCAAUUGUCCUAUGUGUAUUGUGUGUGUGUGUGUGUGCGCGCGCGCGCAUUGUUUGUCCCCCUAACACUGUGUCCUGCCCUAAAACGGGGGAGAUCCCUUCUGUGCGCCUGAUAGGCAGUCAGAAGGUCAUUCACCAGGGAAAUGUCCGCCCACCUCACCCCAUCCCCAGCCCACAAGGGAUAAUAGUGCAUCCACAGCAGAACAUCACAGGCCCUAUUGGUAUUGCCCCAGCUGCUGGGCUCCUAAGAGAAGUCCCAGCCCCUAUGGCAAUAUCCAGGAGACCCCCCAGCAAGGGCUUUUGCUUCCCCUUCCCCCUGGGCUUGGUGAGAAGUUGAGGGUGCCAGCCCCAGCCAUCUUCCUACAUUAGGUGAAGGAGCUGCUCAGUGCACUGAUACAGGGGUGUGGGACACCACUGCUCUGUACCCUCAUCACAUUGCCCCAUUCUGACAUUGCUAACUUCUAGCAGCAUCUUUUCCUCAUACUCAGUGCACAGAGCAGCUGCAGGGCUGGGGGUAAGGCCCUUUUUGGAGACCUUACCUCAGAGCCCUCCUUGGGCUUUGGACAUUGGGUUUCCAUGGUGUUUCCACACCAAAUCAUAGCAGGGGCUAGUGACAUGGGGUGGGAGGUGAAGGUGGUUGUGUUAUCAGCUGGAGAACUGGAUUUAACACCUGGUUUAGCUCACAGGUGACAUGAGUUCAAUGGUUUCAGUCUCUAGUGGGAAUCUGAAUGGGGGUUGGCCUGACUGAAUCUAAGUCCCUGUUUUGGAGGGACAACAGGGUUACAAUAGCAAGGGGGUGGCAGGGCAAGAGUGAAGGGCAUCGGCUGAGCUGAGGGGGACUCAGGACUGGGGUUGUUGCAGGGCAGGUUGAGGGGCAGUGGCAGAGCUGAAGGUGCCAGAGAAGCUGCCUCCACCUGUACUUGCCCCAUGCUUCCCUCAAACUGCUGCUGAUUAUGCUCUUGACCCCUGUCCAGUAUAACUCAGUGCUCCUUGGCUCCCACAGCCUGCUGAGCCGCUUUCUGGCUGGGGGGUGCCAGAGGGAGGUGGAGAUAACAUCAUUGUAUUUGUUUCCUGUUUAACUGUUUGUAGCUGGGAAACAAGGGGGGGGGGUGUAUCCUAAAGAUAGCCGAGGUCUUAGAGACCUGGGAAAGCUUGCUAGGAACCAAGUGGCCAGUGUUUUCAGCCCAAGCACUUCAUGCUGCUCAAUUCCCACUGGGGCCUCCAUUGAGUUAGAAGAUGCUCUUGUGUUUGAAACCACACACUAAACUGCUUUUCAUCUGCUUCCUCCUCCCCUCCUUCUCCUCUGGCUUCCGAAACAAACAGAAACCUCCGGUGACUGUGGGAACAGCUCCGGGAAAGCAGCAAUCUUUGCUGCCCAGCCCCCGCUGCCCCCCUGUGCAUUGUGGGUAAUUGGAGUCUUGACCAUACUCUUGCCUGAGAGCUCUCUCUUGAGCAAGAGCAGCUCCCUAGGGUGUGCCUGAUUAGAUAAAAGUUUCUUGGGAGACUCUGGGGGAGGUGGGAUCGAAGGCACUGCCUGGAAUAAAAAUAGGCAUUUUAGAGGCACUCGGGCCUCUGGGGACAGAGUUGAAGAGGCUCUCCUGAGCAAUGGCUUGGUCAGCAAUCUGGGAAACACCAUUGUCAUGUGGAUUAAUGGCCACUAUGCAGGUUUCUUACAACUGCUGGAGUAUUGAGUCUAGAGCCUUUAAGGAGGUGGUGACGCUUCACCAUCCAGCUCUGCCCCAUAAGCUGGAAUCCAUGAGGACUGUGUAGUGGCAACAGGGAAGCAGCAGAGCUUGGUGUCCACAUCCCUCCUCGGGAGGAACUGUGGACCCUCUCUGCUUUCCUUCCAUCCAUUUCCCCAUUCUAACACCAGACAUGCUGACUGCAGGAGGACGUUUUCUGUGUUGGCUGAGAGGCAGAGAAACAGACCUUGGUGUGUGUCCCCAGUGCAUGUAACGUGGGUCAGAGAUGGCCUGGCAAAAUUUUAAUUACCUGGGGCAAGUAAGGGUUAUGCUGUGGUUGGGGAGCUAUCAGGGGUCCUGUUAUCAAGGUAGGGGCUGUUGUCUAGGCUUGUGCCUGGACUAAUCCAUUUCCAUGAGGAUGGCCGCCUGUAGACAAGAUGAGGGCGUCCUGCCUACAACUCCCUAGAGGCAGUGUUCCGUACCGGGGACAUGCAAUCAGCAAGGUCAUUGCUGGGCUGUACUAAGUAUGCUCAGAAACUAUGCCAGGUAUACUGGUUUCUUCCUGGUAUGCAUCUACUGGGAAAUUGAUUAUAGAAUUAACAUGGCAGAAUCACAGCCUCCCAGGUAACGGUGGCACUCUAGGCGUUUCAGUCAGCAGAGCACGUGUGCAUCUCAGCCCCAAGCUGUCACUUUCUCCUUGGUGUAGAGCUAUCAAGGGUAUAGAACUACCAAGCAGGGCUACUGCUUGCUCUCAGGAACAGGAGCGGGACUAAGGGUAUCUCUUUGAAGGACCCAGGCUCUGCUGGCAACCUCCAUCUCAUCAUGAAGUCUGCCCUCUCUCAUUUCUUCCCAUCUGUCUCUGUACGUGGGAAAGCUCUAUGUCCCAGUUUCUGUCUCAGAGACCAGGAACAUGGUCACCUUUGUGUGGAAAAAACUAUUUCUGUUGCCUCCUGCCUUGCUCUGGAGCCUUCUGAGCACCGCUAUGCCAGAGCCGUUCCUCUCCUUGAGUCUGUUUGGGAGCAGGAGCUGGGUGGGAGCCAGGGGCUUGCAUAGUCAUCUGUGUUAAUGAAUGGAAAAUUGUUCCAUUUUUAAUCGCACAGGUGUGCCCUGGAGAAAGUGCACUUCAGGCCAGCAUGGCUGGCGUGGCUCCAGGGCUGAGUCCAACUCCCUUCCUCAGCCCUGUCUUGUGGCAGGAAUCCCAUGCCCUGCCUCCCCCACAAGCAGCUCUCCACUGCCCAAGCAGCACAGCUAUCAUGGAGCAUGUCCAAGCAGAGGUCUUUGCUUCUCUGACCUACGGGAGGGGGCUCCCCAGGGUGAUCUCACUAAGGAACCGGAUCUGUGCUGGGAUUGAAGUCAAUUUCCCCCUGCCUCUGAAUGGGCUAAAGCAGGAUUCAGCCAGAGAAGAGGAUUGUGUAGCUGUCUCACAAGCUAUUAGGAUUACAGGCUGAGUUUGGGCAUCCCAGGCUGUCAGCCUGUGUCUACCCAGCAGACCUUGUUUAAAUCUAACAUCCCCUUGAGGGUUCCUCAUUAGGCAGAGAGCCCCUCCAUUUACAGUGUCCCCAUACAUGUCUCCAGGAGCAGUGAAGCAUUGACUGCAGCAUGGUGUUUCCCAGCCUCACCAGUACAGAUGCUCCCACAGCGAGCCUGUGUCUGUGACCAGCUGUCCUUUUCCAUCCCUUGCAUCUUAUCUCUCUACCUCCCCACCCAUCCCAUCUCUCAGCUUAUUCGCUCCAUCAGGGCAUGGGAAAGGGAAAAAGGCAAAGGAAAUGAAUGCAGGGGAGGGGUUCGCCCCAACCUCAAGCAGCCCAGCUCCAUGGCCUGAAAGCAGGGCAUGUGGCUGGAGCAGGCGGCUAUCUGAUGUGUGCCGCAGCCUGUGGUGAGAUCCUGCCAGACCAUGUCCUGAUCCCCAUCUGUUUCUUGUGUGUGUCUGGUUUGUUUGUUUUUUUUAACGUCCAUGCUGGUCAUGUUAACUGCUCCACAAUAAAUCUUACUGAAGGGUC